AUGAGCAUUGUCCAUCCGUUUUAUGUGACGGUAGAUGACUUCACGGGAGAAGUAGCAUGGAUCAAACAGGUUGCAGAAGAACACAGCGUGUGUCUGCCCAUGGCCGAAGUGAAAAUCAGUGGACCGUUCGGGCAGGUCAUAACCGAGGAUGCUGUUUCCAAAUUCUUGUCGCUGCAGUACCUUACACUUCUUUCGAAUCGGUCGGAUGAGUUACUGCGUGACAAAGGGCUUAAACAUGGAGAGGGCGUAGUACAGGCGUUGACGCGAGGCCAAGCUCGUAAAAUCGCAUUGCUUUCGGCUGAAAGUGCAAAAGCUGCUCCCGCGGAAGAAACCCUGCCAGCUGACCAGCUCUAUGAGGGCAUAUCACUAGGGUGUCAAAGUUCACUCCUACAGGAAGAGCCAGCUGACGCACUCGCAAGCGAGACAGGGUCGUUACUAUCACCGGUCUCAAAGAACUUUGAUCAGCUCUUACGUGUGGACAGAGUGUCACUGUCAGCCGAGGAAAAGAAUGAUGACAGCUUAGCUAAAUUGCAUCAUACGGCUAACGAAGGCAUUGCUAGGCGCAACGUGACGGCACAAGAGAGAGGAGGGUUGUUGUAUCGGCACUACAGAGACCGAAAGGGUAGGAUUCUAGAUCAGUUAGUCGUUUCUACUAAGUACAGGGAGGACCUUUUGAGUGUCUGUCAUAGGAAUAGCUGGUCUGGCCACCUAGGCAUAAAAAAAUCAAAGGAAAGAUUGCUUCUGGAAUACUAUUGGUCUGGCUGCUUCAAAGACGUAGAAAACUUUGUAAGAUCAUGCGACGCCUGCUAG